AUGGCGCGGCUGUUUCCUCUCUUCUGCUGCCUCGCGGCGUUCGCCGCUCCGGCGGCGGCGCUGCGGCUUGGCGCGCCCCUCAUGCGCACCUGCGACGCCAGCCGCCGCAAGGCCGCCGGGCGACACCUGAGGCAGCUGGCCGAGCUGCAGGCGCUGCCCGCCGCAGAGGCGUGCGAGGCGGCGCAGGCGACGCUGGCCAACAUGAGGGCAGAGGGGCUGCCUCUCAACGUCGACGCAGUGAGCCGCGCCAUCUCGCUCUGCGGCUGCGAGCUUCCCGUCGCCGAGUCGCUCUUUGAGUCGCUCGUGGCGGCCGGCAACGACUCGGAGGGCGCGUACUCGUGCCUUCUGCGCGCGCAGCUGGGGAGCGGCGACCUGGACCGCGCCCUGGUCACCUUCCGCCGGAUGCUCCAGCGCGGCAUCGCGCCGCGAGGUCGCAACGCCUCUCCGGUGUUGCACGCGCUGUGCGCGGCGGGCCGGCAGGUCGACGCAAUGCGCUUUAGCGGGCGGCUGGUGAGGCACGGGCUGCUCCGCCGCCAGCUGGACAGACUUCUGCGCGAGCACUCGACGCCGGGCGCAGAGACCGCCGCCGCAAUCGAGGCGGCGGUCGUCGCAGUCGGCGGCUCCGCGGCUGCCACCCGCGUCGCUGUCGGCCACGACGGGAGGUGCCCUUGCUGCGGAGGCGGUCUGCAGCUGCUCACACUCCCCGAGGAGCAGCGCGAGCGGGUGGCGGAGGUGGUGUCCAUGCUGCAGCGCGCGGGCAAGCGCGUCCUCCUCAUCCUGCCGGCAAAGUACGCGCGCGACGUGGUGCCCAACCACACCAGCUCGAGCCAGGUGGCAGCGCCCGACGACCGCAUCACCGCCGCCGACCGCGCCCUGCUCGACGGGUGGAGGAGCGAGGGCCUCCUCUACACCACCGGCCCCGGCAUGUACGACGACUGGUACUGGAUGCUCGCCACCGUCGGCCGCGGCGACUCUCAGCCCGUCGCCGUCACGAACGACGCGAUGCGCGACCACUGGGCGGACCUGCUGCCCGCGCGCGACUUUGCGCGCUGGAGGGCCUCAAAGCUGCUAGCCGGCCGCUGGCACGUCCCGCUCCCCGACGGCGCGCCGGAAGGGGAGGGGGGCGGCGCGCCAGAGCCGGUGGGGCAGUGGCUCUGCGUUUCGGUCGUGCCGCCGCCGCGGGUGCGGAGGGCUGGCGACCCGCAGGUCGCGGUGUGUCGGUGA